AUGGAAUUCACUCUUAUUGAUGUAAAUAGAGCAAAACUCAAAACGAUUUUUCAGAAGCACGCAGGGACUGAUGGAAAAGUCAGCUUAGUGGACUUUCAGAAGUUUUGCAAAAAUGCAAGACUGUUGAAUGUAGGAACUAUGUAGGAACUAAUAAUGCAAGCUGAUAUCAGAAACCUUUUUACGAGAGCAGCAAAUAAUCAAGUAUUAAGCAGAGCUAAAAUAAAUUAUGAACAAUUUGAAUGCAUUAUUAAGGAGAUUGCUAUAAGUAGGUUUGAAAAGGCUGGAAAUUCAUGUGAUUGCGUCAAAAUGCUGUUUCAGCAUAUAUUGCAUGCGGUAAAGAAUACUUACUCCAAGUAAGCGAACAAAACUAUUGGAAAAAUCCCUAUUUUUUGCCUAGAAAACGUACCUCCGUGAGUGAACUAAUAUGUUUAUAAAUUUGCAUGAAAAAAAUUGAUAUAUAAGUGAUAAUUAUUAUGAUAAAUUCUAUAGCUAGUUCUAUUUAAUUUUAAAUAGUUGCAUUUUUUAAAACAUAAAUUUUUUGCAAACUAAAUAAAUUUUUACUUCUCAAUCUUUACAAAUUGGAAUUUAUUAAAAUUUAUUUUAUAAUUUUUUUAAAAAACAAUUAAUCCCUCCACAAGCAAAUAAAUUUUUUUGUUCACUCACUGGAGGGAGGAGUUAUAAUAUAGCUCUCUCUAUGAAUGAUCAAUCCAAAAUCAUAAAACCUUCAGAAAUUAGCAUAAGGCAGGUCAAAUCACUUGUUAUAGAAAAACGAGAUAAUGGAAUUAUCGAACAAAAAGAAAUUAAGCCACCAAAAAUCGAUGGAAUAAUCAUACCGCCAAUAUUUGCUGAAAGAGAAACAAAUGGAAGUUUAGAUACAUCUAUUAGAGAAGCAUUAGAAGCGCUUGCUCCCCCCCUCUCCGUGAGUGAACAAAAAAAAAUUUUGUUCACUCACGGAGGGGGUUAAAUUUUUUUUUUCAAAAAAUUUAUAAAUAAAUUUUAUAAAAAUAUUUUUUUUCAAAAUUUAAAAAAAUCCUAGUUCGCGAAAAUUGGAAAGCAAAUAUUAAUUUUAUUUAUAAAAUUUAUGUUUUAAAAAGCAAUUCGUUUAAAAUUAAACAUUACAUUACAUUACAUUACAUAGAAUUUAUAUCGCUUAACGUCCACUACGGGGUUACAACUCCAGGUUUAUCACUCGCCUUUCGUCGCAUCGGGCCCACCAGUCUGCUGGAGACAAACUCGCUUCGAUCACCAGGGUGCUUCUGGGGCAAAUGUCCACGUCUUCGACGGCUCAUGGAUGAGCUACUUGUUUGUACAUGGGUUGCUUUUUCCGAAAAAACCAAAAAAUGGAUUUUUCUGGUCGGCUAUCGGCAAAAAGGAAAAAUGCAAAGCCUGGGACGUAACGCCCAGUUUCACGCUAGGGAGUUGCCCGAAUGGUCCAGAGGACUUUGCUGGGCUUCCCCUUUCCAACCUUGCACCCUCCUUCCCCACGAGGAAAAAUCCACCUCUGAGAAUAGACUAGGGCUAGGCUCUGAAAGCUACCAGAAUUGCUUACCUAGCAUUGCUGUCCAUCUCUGAAAUGGUAAAACCUUGCCGGAUAUAAUUAAAAUAUGAGUCGAGGCUGCAUGGCCGGGAGGCCAUGCCCAGACGAAGACGCCAUAUUUUAAUUAUCCGUUUAAAAUAAACAGAAUUAGCUCUAUAUUUCAUUAUACUAAUUAUCAUUUAUAUAUCAAAAAUUUUUUCCAUAAAAAUUUUUGUAUUAAAAAAAUUUUUGUUCAUUCACGGAGGGUGGGUUUUUGGGCGAUUUUUCUAAUGGUUUUGUUCACUCACGGAGGGGGGGGAGUUAAGAAAAAAGAAAAUUUACACAGCAAUAGCCAAUCUCCUGUAAGAAAAGAAAAUGCGCCAGCCAAAAUCAUCAGAAAACAUUCGAGAACGGUAAGCCAAAAAUCAACUUUUGAAGUGAAAAAAGUCAUCAAGCCUACAAUGAGUGCAAUUCAAUCUCCUAAGGGCGGCAAUAAGCCAAAUUUUAAAUUGAACUUGUCUAGUAUAACUCCUAGCCAAGCCCCUUUAACAACUUCCAGGCUUAGAAAAAAUGCAUCAUACAUUAGCAAGGAUGUAGACGAACUUUUUGAUGAUCAGAGAGAUCUAAAAGAGUUUCUUGAAACAGAAAAAAGAGUCCAGAAAGAAGUUCUUUGUGUAACUGUUUCACUUAAAUCAGAAACUGAUCCUAACGCAAGCAAUCCAUUUGAGCUCGCAAAAGAAGCGAAUGGAAUUAUCACCAAGCUUAAUGAAGAAGUUUUAGCUCAAAAACAGUCGCAAUCCAUCCCUCCUAAGCACUCUAAACUUGGAGAAGGUGCUCCUCUAACAAACAUUUUAUUCAAGGCAAAGCACCCAAAGUGCUUGAAUAGCCAGCUGACAGAAAAUGAAGAAGAUCUAAGAACUAGAUCAUCUCCUAUAGACCAUAAAGCAAAGCUCCAAGAGAUUAAAUCUUCUUUGGAGAGCUUUAAAAUUCGGCACACACAAAAAUUAUCAAAGAUUUCCAAUUCUAAGCCUUCAUUGACACUUAUAAGGGAGGGGUGCAGGCCCAAUGACAUUGCCUUUUUGAUAGUGUUCAUUUCACCGAAAUAUUUUUGGCCGAAAAUUGGUUAAACUUUUCGAUAGUGAGACAUUUGACCGAAAAAAAAACGUUAAUUUUCGGCCAAAUGUCGCACUAUUAAAAAUUUCCACCUAAUGCAUUUCGAUGAAAUGUACACUGUCAAAAAUCCACUGUCAUUUAACAUGGAGCCAUAAGGGAGUACCAAGAGUUUUUAUUAAAUCAGAAAAAGAGAAGCUUUACCACACAGUUUGUAAUGAGAAUGAUUUUAAAUUCAUGAAAAAAAGAAACAGAAAUCAGUAAAUUAGCUAAAAGAAAAAGAAAAUAA